AUUGAAUGAAUGAUAAGGAUAACAUCUUUAACACUGCACUAUCUUAUUCCAACACAAUUCUAGCAACUUACAAAAAAGUUAAAUGAGAAAUCUAGUUCAACUUCUUCCUCCUCUAGUCCUUCCAAUUCUUUCAUUCUUCAUUCUUACUCCUUCUCUAAUACAUGCAAAAUCUGUAAUCGAACCAUGUAGCUCUUCAGACUCAUGCACCUCUCUUCUCUCUUAUAUUUUGCCAUGGGACUCUAAGAUCUCUGAGAUUGCAUCUCGUUUCCAAGUAAAUAUUUCUGAUAUCCUAGCUGCUAACUCCAUCAACCCUGAAAUACCAUCACUAGGGAAUCAGAUUCUUCGAGCUAACUCUCAUGUGAAAGUACCCAUUUCAUGUCCAUGCGUGGAUGGUAUCCGACGGUCUAUGUCAACCACUUAUAGAGUCCAGGAAGCUGACACUGCAGAGUCUGUAUCACAUGGAUAUGGUGGGAUUGUUAGUGCUGAGCAAAUUACAAUUGUGAAUGGUAUUAAUGCCAGUAACCCAUUGUUAAACAGGCAGAGCCUAGUGAUACCAUUGCCAUGUACAUGCUUCAACAAUAGUAACAAUGGGGUCACCACAGUGUACAUGUCAUAUGUGGUGCAAAGUGGAGAGAACUUGAGCAGCAUAGGACUUGAAUUCGGCACAACUGUUAUGGACUUGAAGGCUAUCAAUGGGCUUGGACAACCGGUAAUUGAUCAGGGAGACAUAUUAGCCAUUCCAAUUUCAGCAUGUUCUUCGAAAAAUCUUAACUGGUACAAUGAGAGUCUAAUUGUGCCAAAUGGUUCGUAUGCUUUAACUGCCAACAACUGCAUCAAAUGCAAUUGUGGAGCAUCCGAUUUCAACUUGCAAUGUUUUCCAUCUGGUAUCGCUGUCCCAUGCUCUCAUUUACAGUGCAAAGGAUCUAAUCUCUUUGUUGGUGAUGCGUAUGUGAAUCAAACAGCAGCUGGUUGCAAUGUCAGCACGUGUAUGUACCGUGGCCAUUGCGGUGGCAAAAUUUUCAGAAGUUUAUCAAGCUCUUCUUAUGUCCAGUGCCCAGGAAAGCAAAAUUAUAGUGCAGCCUCACCCUUGGGAUCUCCGUCAUCACCUAAUCCAUUAAUCCCAUUUAUAACAGUAACUCCAUCUCCAUCACCCUUUCCAGGUUCUACUCGAACUGUUGGUAUUGCUUCCUUUGGUCCUACAAGUACACAAUAUUCAAACAUAUCUAAUAAUGGUGGCUUGCUUGGCAAAGAUUCAUGUUGCAAUUUAUUGCUACUGGCCCUUGCCCUUUAUUAUUUCUUGUGAUAAUUAAAUGGCAUCUUGAAGUACUUCCUAUCUAAAGGAACAAAUGUCAUUCCCAAAUGUAUAAGCAAAUUUCACUUCAUGAUACCUAAAAUUGCUUAAGCUUAAAUGAAACUUCCUCUUCUUGUAAAGGAAAAAAUGAGGAUGAAGUCCUAGGGUUCAAAAUUCACUGAAUGCUUGUAUAACUUACCACUAAAAAAUAAGAUCUAAAAUUUUUGAACAA